AUGGGCAGCCUCACUGUGGCCGCGACGGCGUCUUCUUCUGGGUCCGCCAUGGUCUGCGCCGGGAGGAAGGCGAUGCGGUGGGCGUUCCGGCGAGCCUCGCUGCCGGAGUCGGGGUGGGCAGUGAGGAGGAUCACGCGGCCGCCGGCGGCACGGGCGACGGCGCAGAUGGCUCCGACGGUGGAGAACCCCCCGGGGCCGGCGGAGGCGAGGAGGAGGUCGCCGGGGGACGCCGGCGGGGUCGUGACGUCGCCGACGACGUGGGCGGAGAGGCCGAGGUGGUACAGGCGCAUGCAGAGGGCCCUGAGCAUGAGACCCUCCCUCCCGACCCCGUGAACGAACACCCUGUUCCCGCCUCCGCCGGCGGCGGCGAUCUCCUCCACGAGCACAUCCAGCGGGGAGCCGUGCGGCGACGGCGACGGCGGGGAGAAGACGGAGCUGAUUUGGUGGCAUAUCUGCGUCGCCAUGUUGGCGGCGCCACCGCUCUGCUCCAUAUCCGUUCUCUCUCGGUGGGUGGGGGCUCUGUAUGGUUGCUGCCGCAGAGAAGAGGCCGCCCACUCCCUUGUUCUUCUUGAGCCACUCAGCAAGGGCCCAGCUUUAUCCAUGGCCAACCAGUUACUACCUCUCGUGGCCUCACGAGUGAGAAACGACGGCAUGCGCUCCCACCCAACGAGACGUAGACGAGAGCAACAAAGAGACUGAAAAAUAAAGGUCCUUCCUUCAAGGUACAGACCCAAUUAAGAACAUUCCGAAGAGGAAGUCAAAAAAAGAAACGAGAGAGAGAGAAGACAAAGCGCUGGCGACCCCAAGAAGCGGGGCGGAGAAAGGAAGAAGAGAGCGUAAAAAGUCAACGGGCUGGGGCAAGCUAGAGGAGCAAGUGCUGGUGUUGGCGUGCAAGUCUCCUCCUGUUGCUGAUGGUUCAUCUUCAAGCCAUUACCUGGGCGGAGCGGACGUACAAGCUGUCGACGACCUUGCCGAUGUUGGCGAUGGCGUCGAGCGUCGACUGGAAGAUGGCGUCCGGCUCGGGCUCGUCGAACACCACCAGGCAGCCGGCGCCCUGGUCCAAGGUGCCGGCGAACUUCUUGUCCAGGAUGAGCUGCGAGAGCUUCGUCUCCACAUGGGCCACGGGGAGUUCGAUCAACUCGGCGAUGUGGGCGAUCUCCACCCGCGAGAAGGGCUCGAUCAGCCUGCACAGGUUCUGCUCCAGCAGCGUGUCGUAGAGCGCGGACAGGUGCCGGUGCACGAUGGGAUCCUCCUCCAGCUGCGGCCGGAACUCCGCCAGCGCCGCCUCGAAGGCCUUGAGCGACCGCCGGGAAUGGGCGUCGGCGACGGCCUUCAUGGCGUCCAGCUCCGGGCCCAGGUAGAGAAGCCCGGCCUUGGAGGCGAUGAGCCCUGCCACGUCCUCCGACUGGUUCACCAUGAUCUUGCAGAGCAGCAUGUACUUGAGACCGAAGACCGCGCGGGGCUCCCCCAGGGCGUUGAAGGCCUCGAAGGCCUCGAAGAAGUAGCUGUAUGCCGUCUUGUAGUCCUUCUCCUCGGCGUGGAGGAUGCCACUCUGCAGGUCGAUGGUGCCCUGCUGCGCUGGCGGCACGUAGAUGGCGUUGGCCGCCGUGCGGGCCGCCGUAA